GUAUAUUCACGACGAAGGAUAUAAACCAACUCCUGCGUGACGCGACCGGGAGGGUCCCGCUGCCCUGGUGCGGUGCCGGACCGAUGCACUCGACAGGUGGCGCCGUUGUCGGGGAUAACGGAAAGCCUACCGUUGUCCCUGKUGGAACGACAUCCGGGAGGGUAGUAACGGCUGUCCAAGUGAAAGGAACGGAGCCCGUGAUAGAGGAGGCUGUUCAGGAGGAGCUAUGGGAAGAGGAAGAGCCGGUGACGCAACGCCUGACGAAGGCCCAGUGCAAAGUGCGUAACUUGGCGCAAGGCGGACAGGGAUCAGGAAAAGCGCAGGCGCCUCAGGCGGUGGCGGCGGCUCCUCCAAGUGUGGCGGCGCCCUCGUUUAGUGCGGGCCUCUUGCAAGGAGGGGCACCCUCCUACGGACAGUGGCCCUGGCCGGUGAUCAAUGCAAUUGUGCCAUGGGGUAGCCUGCCGCCAGUAGCCGGACCACAAAUGAGUAUGCCGCCACCCAUCUACCCCACAGCCCAGGCCCAGCCUGUGGCCCCACCACCGUUACCUGCUCCCAGUUCACAGGGAAGCGUAGCUGGAGGUGGGAACCAGGGGCAGGGCAAUCAAGGCAACGGAGGGAGGGGUGGAGGAAGGGGGAGAGGCAGGAAUGGCGACGGAAGAGGAGGGCAAUGGAAUAGUCAAGGCCGAGGAAACCAAGGCCAGGGGUACCAAGGCCAGGGGAAUCAAGGCCAAGGGUACCCAGGUCAGGGGUAUCAAGGCCAGGGGGAUCAGGGAAGUCAGGGGUAUGGGACACCUCGUUUUGACUGGAGGACGGCCAUCUGCCAGCAUUGUGACCAGCAAGGUCACACCAUAAGGUUCUGUAAUAUAAGAUGGGAAGACGAGAGGAGCGGGCUGAUCUCCUCCACCAUGGAUGGGAACAUUUACGAUCAGUUUGGGGAGACCAUUGACAGAAGGCUUGGAAAAGUGAGAGCGGAAGCCCAACGGAGGGCGGCGGCCGGGUCGCUAUGGCGGGAGAAGAGAGGACCAUUGGUGGGAAUAGAGGGACUCAGGCUAUGGCAGAAAAAGGAAAAGUCGUCGAUUAGGAUAGAGGAAGUGGGGAGCGACGAGGAAGUGACCCAAGAGACGCGAGGAGGAAGCAAGAGGGAAGAGCCCAUAAUCGUCGAAUCGGAUGACGAGGACGAGGAAACAAGGGUGAAACCAUCGUCCGUCUUAUUGGGAAAGAUGGAGGACCUGUUGAACAAGGUAAGAAGGGGGCGGCUCAAGCAGGGUUCCCAAAGGCGGUACAAGACGGUAGACAAGAAGUGUCGCCCGGUUCCCGUCCUCGUUACAGAGGACGAGGAAGCAUACUACGAGAGGGAACGAGGGUUGAUACGGCGAAUGAGGGAGAAUGCGCUAGCAGGGCCAUGUCGUAUCAACGAAGGGAAUGAGGGGAAGUUGAUCAUAGGGGAGCUUGACUUCCUACUGCCUCAGGAGCGGACAUUGAUGGUGGAGUUGAUGAAGAGGAGGCAUCGCGCCUAUGCGUUUAGUGACGAGGAGCGUGGCAGACUGAAUGUGGAUAAAAUACCUAUGAUCCGCAUCCACACCGUGCCACACGAGCCUUGGAACAUGAGAGGGGCGCGAUAUCCAAAUCCUGACGAGGAAAAGAAAGUGGUGGAUUACCUCGACGGCAAGAUACAUACGCACGUCGCCGACUAUUCGAGUGGGCCGUAUGCGUCCCCGUGGUUCUGCUUCAUCAAGCCCAACGGGACGCUGCGGUGGGUGCAAGAUUUGCAGAGGCUGAAUGCGGUGACCGUGCGAGAUGCUGGAGGACUGCCAAAUGCGGGCGCUCUAUCAGAAUCCUGUGCUGGAAGGCCUAUAAUCUCACUUAAAAACCUUUACUCAGGAUAUGAUCAGUUUUCGGUCUACCCGCCAGACAGGCCGGUGACGGCUAUGCACAUGCCGCGAGGACUAAUCCACAUGAACGUGGCCCCACAAGGGUGGACCAACGCGGUAGCAAUGGUCCAACGGGCCAUGAUUCGGGCUAUGCAGUCAGUCAACCCCCAUAUCACACAGCCAUAUAUCGAUGAUUUGGCGGUGAAGGGGCCGACAAUAAAGGAGAGCGACAAGGUCUUGCCAGGGGUAAGGCGCUUUGUUUGGAAGCACAUCCAGGACCUCGAUAAAGUCCUGAGUCUGCUCGAGGAGCAUAACCUCAUGGCGAGCGGGGCUAAAUCCAGACACCGCAUGAGGGAAGCGACUAUCUUGGGGUUCGUCUGCAGCGAGAAAGGCCGAAGACCAGAUGUGAAGAAGACGGACAAGAUUACUGAGUGGCCAGUUUCGUUCCACUCAAUAACUGAUGUCAGGAGCUUCCUUGGGAAUGUGGAUGAAGUGCCCGAGAGCCAAGACGACGAGUUUGAGGAGGGCGAGAUUAAGGAGGUCUUUCGUGCAGAGGAGUAUGAUGGGAUCUACCUAGAGCUGGGGUUUCUUUUGUCUUGCGAGAUGCGGCUAAGGGAUGCGAGCGAUAGGGCUCAGAUGAUGCUGCAGUGCUACUUAGUGCGUGACGGUCACGUGUUCGUGAGAAGGGAAGUGGGGAAUCCCAGGAGAGUUGUCUGCGGUAGGAACCGUCAGAUUGACGUCAUAGCAGCACUUCAUGACGACAUUGCGGGAGGGCAUCGAGGGGUACAAGCCACGUAUGCCAAGAUAAGUGAGUUGUACUACUGGGAUGGGAUGAUAGACAUGAUUGGAAAGUUCUGUCGAUCUUGUGUACCUUGCCAGGAGAGAUCUCGUUUGAGGCAAGGAGAGCCGUUACAUCCAAGGCUAGAGCGGGAGGUGGGGGCUGUAGUGCAUCUCGACCUACUUUUCAUGCCGCUUGGGGAUCAAGGCUAUAACUACAUCUUCGAUACGCGCGAUAACUUAUCUGUCUUCGUAGAUGGGCGUGCCAUUCGUACCAAGACAGACUCAGUCUUGGUUAGCUGCAUCGAGGAGUACUACCUGCGUUAUCCUUUCGUCAGGGAAUUCGUAAUGGACAGGGGAUCGGAGUUUACCUGCCAGGAGGUGCAAGAAUUGCUAUCAAGGUCUGACUUUAUGAAGACAGCCAUGCCAAGCGGAGGGAGGGGGACACAGCCGCCUCGGAGGCCGUUGGGAGCAUCAGGAGGAUAUGAGCAACAUGGGCCUCGCCAUCGAGAGAGUACUCUGAUGUACGAUGAUGGGGACAUCAAGCUAUUCCUGGACAGUUUCUGGAAGCAUGCGAGGCGUAUGGGUUGGACGGUGGCCCAGGCAAUCGAGAGACUGAGGGGAGCAGGCAGGUUCGAGGAGCCCAUUGCCAGGAUUCAUAGGGAGGCGACGACGAGGCAGGAAAUGGAAACGAGGAUGGAAGAGCUGCGACCCUCGCCUGUGGGACCAGACGGCAGGCCGAUCCGUUUAGAGAUCGAAAAUGUGGCAGACUUUAUCCCUGCCUUCGAGUGGUUCAUGCAGGGGCAGGGUACACCGAGAGAUGAGUGGGCGAGGACGUUACCCCUCUGGACCAGAAAGGCGGAGAGGGCACUGACUAAGCAGGUCAGAGACAUGGCCGGGGACUGGGAUAGCUGCAGGGCACAUCUGAGAGAGGCCUUUCGACGACCAGAGCCCCCUCAGCCCAGAGUCGAGAGGCGUAAGAGGAGUCAGAGGCAGAGGGACCCUGAGUCUAGGGAGGCGAGACCGUCUCGAGGAGGAUGGAAGGCCCUAGCCAGGAGAGAGGAGGAGCCAGAGCCGGGGCCAGAGGCUGAGGAGCGAGGGGUGUACCCUGAGUGUGGGUUGGGACCAGUGGAGUUCCACCAAUUUACCGCGGGAGGAUUGAGGAGGUUGCCAGCACGCAUACAAGAGGAGCCGCCAGCGUCUGAGGGGCCUUUGAGAAAGUUGGAGGCGCAUUUGGAUAUCUCUCGGUGGAGAGCGUCUCCUCGAGGAGAGGAGCGUGGAGGACCGGUAGAGGAGGUGCCACGAUAGGAGGUGCCACGAGAGGAGGCGCCACAUCAGGAGAUGCCACGAGAGG